AUCUGUAUUACUCUCACCAUUCUCUAUACUGUUAUCAUACAUAUUUUUGUUCAGUCUUCAUCAUGGUUCUUCUACGCACCCUGACUGCUCUUGUGGCAACUGCUGCGGUCUCGAUGGCCAGCCCACUUCACAAGUCCUCGUGGUUUUCGAUUCCAGACCCUUUCGGCCCUCUCGUCAUGCACUUUGGGGACAAGGUAGUUCCUCAUGACAUCAAUGUGACCCUCACCAGUCAACCCCCAAGACUGGGCACAUUUCAGCCUCUGUCCGGAUCCUCCUACACUGUGAUCACCAUCCAGCCCUACGACACCAUUGUCGACGGCGUGGACUCCAACCUCCUGUGGCUUCAAACCGGCCUGAAGCCAUCUGCUGUUCCGACAAAAUUUGAGACAUCCCAAGGGUUUUAUCGGGUCUAUGAGCUGCACAAUGAAGACAACAAGCCAGUCUUUGCGUGGAGUCCGUCAAAUCUUCAAAGUUUAGAGUACGGCGACGUUUUCACAUUCCUCCUCGAUAGCAGCAACAUCAGCCCGCAGGAUGAGCUCGAUCUGCAGAUAGCAGCACUGAACCCCGAAAGAUUCAGUCUCGGCGACACGAUGGAGAACACUCAGCUUGACGCGGUUGCAUGGACCACCUUCCUUACACCUUUGGAUUCCGUCAAGAAGCCUUCAUCUGCCGAGAAGACUACCUAUGCGACACUACCUGCCGCUUCGAACCUGUCUGAAGGCGCGCAGGCACCCUUGUUCGAUGACAGAAGCUCUGAGGCUUCUGCAAGCUUAGAAGAGCCCGAGACCAUUGAGGUACCAGUUAUUCAUGAAGCUCAAGACAGAGCUGCGACUGCAACUUCGACUGAAAUCCCGCCGACUCCCACUUUCUAUCCCAUGAUCAUGGAGACUGGUUGCCCGGAUGCGCAUUCCUCAGCUUCCCACAAUAGGAUGCAUGCGUUUGGUCUUGUCUUGGUGGCUGCCAUGUUGUUUGCACUUUGA